AUGGAGUAAUCAGAAAAUUUAUUCUAGUCAGAGAGAAUAUCAGGAUUGGAGAAAAUUUCCUCAACUUAGAUUCCCGAGAAGAGCUCAGACUUUUUCUCAAACUUGAAUCUAUCUAUACAAUAAUUUUUCUCCAAAAAAGAGACUAAUACUGACUCAAUUCUGAAAUCGUCGACUCUUAUCUAGGAUUUCAAUUCUAAAUUGAAAAAUUUUAAUAGCAUUUUAUCUCCUGAUUCAAGCACGAAAAAUUUCAAGCCUCAAUAAAGAGGUGUCAGCAAGCUUAUUCUUAACUAGGAUAAUACAUUUAUAGGAGUGAUAUGGGAUAAUCAACUAGGUUUCUCAAUAUUUGAGACAACUAACUAUAAGCUAGCAUAUUAUCAAGAGUCAUAGUAUGAGAUUACUCAUCUAUCUCUACUCUAUCGAACACUACAAUAUGGAUUUAUUACUUCUUAAAGACCCAAUCAAGUGGAAUUUUAUGAUAAGGGCAAGAAGAUGUACUCAUAAAUGUUUAGUACUCAAAUAAAGGAUGUAUAAAUAGUAAAUAGGCAUUAUCAGGCUUUUGCUUUGAAAAAUUAGAUGUACAUAUAUAAAGGAAGAGAUCUGUUUGACUGUAUUAAGACUGCAGACAAUGAUAAAGGACUAUUUAGCUUUGCGACCUUUAAAGCUGACGAUCUAAGACUUAUUUUAGCAACCAUAUCAGAAAAGUCUUAGUGUUCACUGUAAAUAAAAGAUUUUGCAUUCCAGCGAGAAUUUAUGAUAGACAACGUGUUUGGUGAGAAAGAAGACGCUUAGUAAAACCUGAUUGGAGACAUCCUUUUGGAUGAUUUUGGGGAGAGAUUAUUUGUAGUGAAUUACUAAGGCAUUCUGUUAAAACUAUACUCUAUUUUUGAAUUGCGUACCAAUCAAACUACACAGCCUAUAUAGCAAUUCCGGAGAGGUUAUAAUGCUUGUCUGCAAUUUGGAAAGCUACAAAUUCUUAGGAUAUAAUUGAGCAAAAGUGAGCCAGAUGUUGAAGUAGGGGUAAUUGGUGGAGAAAGUGGCACCAUACAUUUUUUUAGAUUUAAGCCACUGCAAACUGAAAUUUAAGAUAUUGAUACAAUUGGCUAGGAAGAGGAGUCAAAAUUUUCAGAAUUUUUUAGGAAGAUGAAAGAUAAGUGCUUACCAUCUUUAUUAACUUUUGAAUCUAGCUAGCUUAAAAUAAGACUAGAUCCUGAUAUCAUAAUAAACAAACCAUAUUUAUUAUUUCCUACACAAGACUCAACUCUCAUUAGUAAAUAGAAAUUAGAAUUCUAAAAGGAUUCGUAAAAUGAGGAGGGUGUUUUAAGAAUGAAGUUUAAAAUUAAAAAUUUUACAGAACGAGGAACAUUUGAAAGCAACAGAGAAUCCUCAUUUGGACUGCUAAACUAGUCACUAUAAAUCAGUCCAAAAGAUGAUGUUUUUGAUAUGUAUGAUUCAAUUGAUAGUCCAAUUCACAUAAAACGGCCUUAGCCAGAAUCAUGA